GACGCUCGCGUUGCGCGGCCCAGCCCACUUUUGACUUGUGUACUGCUCUUCGGUGAGGACGAUCCGAGAGGUCUUCGAACCAUGUAUCCGCGGUGAUUAUAUCUCCUUCCGAGAGAGGCGCAUUCCCCCGUCAGCGGAAGCGCGAGUUCCUGACCGUGUCGUGGAUUUCGCGCGCGCGUCUCUUGUCGCUUCGAGCUCGGACGAGCCGGAAUUUUUGCGCGAUUCGACGAAUUUUUCGUUACAAUCGCAAAGACAUAACCUUUACGUUGUAACGACGAUAGGCGAUAUUUGCUUUUUUCGUUUGCGGUUUUACUCUCGUAUCGACUCAACUGGAGAUCCUAUUGUUUUUUCCCGAUUUUUUCACUUCACAAGAGAGGCAGCUUCAAACAAUACAUGAUGGUGUGAAGAUAUCUACUAAGCGAUCGAUAAUAUUUGUGGACUAUAAUUGAGAAAACCAAGUUAAAAACAUGAAUAAUCAAGCGUUUAGCUUGGCGGAAAGGCUUAUACCUUCGACCUACGUACAACAAGGUCUAAACGCUAAAAAGUCUCGUGAGAAUCUUAUACGGCACUUUAUCGAACACCGAAAAUGGCCGGAAGAAGGUUGGGAUGACGCGACGAUAGAAGCGUUUCUGUCGGAUCUGUCGCAAAUGGACAGCAAUAACUUCCCAUCAAAUUGUAGUGUCGGUGAACGCGAGGCGAGAAUCGUGUCGAACAUAGUCGCGAGACGACACUUUCGCAUGGGACAUGGCAUAGGUAGAUCCGGCGAUCUAGAAGAAGUACAACCAAAAGCUGCUGGUAGCAGUUUGAUGUAUAAAUUAACAAAUUCUCUAGUACUGGAAGUUAUACGAUACAUGGGAGUGAAAAGCAUAGCAGGCUGCUUUUUAUCUCCAAUGGCCACGGGAAUGAGCCUAGUUCUAUGCAUGCUUACACUCAAGCAGGACAGACCACGAGCAAAAUAUGUUUUAUGGCCUAGAAUCGACCAAAAGUCUAGUUUCAAAUCCAUAAUCACGGCUGGACUGGAACCUAUCGUUAUCGAGAUGCAGAUAAUAGGGGACGAAUUGAAAACCGAUCUGCAAAGACUCGAAGCUCAAAUGGCGGCUUUAGGGGAGAGUGUCGCAUGCGUGCUCACAACGACCAGUUGCUUCGCACCGAGAGCGUGCGACUCUGUGGACGCUAUCGCGGCUCUCUGCACCCAAUAUAAUAUACCACAUUUGGUGAAUAAUGCAUAUGGCUUGCAGAGCACAAGAUGUAUGCAUCUCAUACAAGAGGCGUCGAGAAAGGGUCGCGUCGACGCCUUCGUUCAGAGCACAGACAAGAAUUUCUUGGUUCCCGUGGGCGGCGCCAUUAUCGGCUCCUUCGACAAGAAUCUGUUGGAUCGCAUAUCGAAAAUGUAUCCGGGACGCGCGAGCGCGAGCUCCGUCAUGGACGUGAUGAUAACUCUGUUAAGUCUCGGAAUGGCAGGAUACAAACAAUUGAUUGCUCAACGUAAGGAGAUGUAUUCUUAUCUCAAGGACGAAUUGGGAAAACUAGCAACGAGACACGGCGAGAGGCUGUUGGACACCAAGGGCAAUCCGAUAUCCAUGGCUAUGACUCUUCAAUGUCUCAGUCACCAGCACGACAACAAGCAAGUCACUAUGCUAGGAUCGAUGCUGUUUCUGCGUAACGUUAGCGGUACUAGGGUAAUAACGACUACGGAUUCCAAGCACAUUGUUUCACAUAAAUUUGAAGGUUGGGGCGCGCAUAAUAGCAAUUAUAGAGUUCCGUAUCUGACCGCUGCGGCGGCACUUGGCAUGAAGAGAUCCGACGUGGAUGCGUUCAUACAAAGGUUGGAUAAGGCUUUAACAAAAGUGAGGAGGCGCUCGGCGCCGGUGACGCCCACUGCUUCGCUCGCCGGUUCCAGUAUCAACGGAGAUACGGGUGGCACUGGCGGGCCAGCGAAAUGGCGAAGAACAAAAAUCAAGAGAAAUCUACCAACAAUAAGACAAAAUCCAAAAGCGGGUCUGGACAUUUAUCCAAAGAGGAGAAAGUCUACGCUACACUUACUAAUUAUAUUAUAUUCGCUAUAUGUACUGCCGGCGCUACUUGGUUUGGAUACAAAGGGUAUCUCGAGACGAGAGUACAUACUCCGUACAGUUCAGAAAAGCUAGUUGCCAUAUCAGGCUUGAACGCUCAGGAUAGAUAUUGGGGCACUUACAGACCUGGUGUAUAUUUUGGUAUGAAAACGAGAG